UGCGCACGGUCGAUUAUUAUCAAACUCAGCGUUACUGAUUUACAAAUUAAAAUCUAAAGUAUGGCGUGAAUACUUUAGAUAAAUUAAAUUAAGCUCCACCGCUUAUAGAUUAGUAUUUUCAGUUUAUAUAUAAGUGAAGUAAAGGCGUGAAAAUGUUCAAUUACAAGUAUUUGAGUAAGGACCACUUGGAGGGUUUCGAUAAUUAUAAGUAUAUGGCGAUAGACACAAGCCCCCUCAGUGUCUAUGUGAUGCACCCGUUUUGGAACAAAGUGGUUGAGUUGGUACCCCGCUGGGUGGCCCCGAACCUGCUAACAUUCCUCGGGUUCCUCCUGACCGUCCUGGACUUCGUUCUACUCUCGUACUACGACUACUCGUACACGGCCGCCAGCGCCCGGAACGAGACUAUAGUGGAACUGAGCCUGCGCCCUGAGGUCAUACCGCAGACGCUGUGGUACUUCCUAGCUGUGUUCCUGUUCCUGGCUUAUACUUUAGAUGGCAUCGAUGGCAAGCAAGCCCGCCGCACGCAGACGUCGGGCCCUCUGGGAGAACUGUUCGACCACGGCCUGGACUCCUAUUCUGUCUUCUUCAUCCCGGCCUGUCUUUACUCCAUCUUUGGGUGUAUGGACUACUCUGUCAAGCCUAUCAGAAUGUACUACAUAAUGUGGAACAUCCUCCUCAACUUCUACCUGAGCCAUUGGGAGAAGUACAACACGGGCGUGCUUUUCCUACCCUGGGGGUAUGACUUCAGUAUGUGGGCGUCGACUAUGUUCUUCCUGUGGACGGGGCACGCGGGUACCGGCUGGUACAAGCGCCACCUGGCGGGCGGCUACACGCUCGCGGACGGGUUCGAGUGCCUGGUGUACGCCACCGGCGUGCUCACCAACCUGCCCGUGGCGCUCUACAAUACCUACCAAUCAUACAAACUCCGCACAGGCAAGAUGCGCUCCUUCACCGAAGCCCUAAGACCUCUCUGGUCGCUACUCUCAGUAUUCCUAGUAUGCAGUAUUUGGGUCCACUACUCUCAACGACUACCGGAGUAUGACCCUAGGAUGCUGUUCCUACUCAUCGGAACACUGUUCAGCAAUCUUGCUUGUCGUCUAAUAGUCAGUCAGAUGUCGAACCAGCGUUGCGACGCGGUCAACUGGCUUCUAUACCCACUGGUGUUGUGCGCCGCAGUGGGUCUCAUCACUCCACAACACGAACUAACUGCAUUCUACGGCGUUACUGUGCUUGCUGUGUUGGCGCACAUACAUUAUGGCGCUUGUGUGGUACAGCAGAUGUGCGCGCACUUCCGAAUAAACUGCUUCCAUAUAAAGAAGCGCGACGAUUGACUCUUGGACGACAAUGCGUGUUAGUAACGAACAUACAUACAUACAUACAUUACAGCACUCCAACUAUUCUGUAGUUUUACCACGAGAUUAACCCACUUUUUAUGUUUUUUUCCUGUACAGAAUUUUUAAAGUUGGAGGCACACUGACAUUUUAUCUCGCCAGGUGGCGCCUGUGCAAGUGUCUAGGCAUGUCACUGUCAUAUGUGAGAAAGAGGAAAAACAUCAUCUUCUCGCUCUCACGUAUGAAAUUCUUUAUCUGUGCAUGUGCAAUGCAAGUGCAAAGGACUAAUAGGGUGGCGCCAUCUGUGAUAAUCUUUGAGUGUCUACCCUCAUUCACGAUUUUUUUGAGUCUUGUUGAGUGUUCGCUAAUAUAAUUAAACUUGUUACGGAACUUAAGUCCCGUUACUAUUUUAAAUAGCACUUUCGGGACCAAGAACCCGCCUAACGGGCACUCGGGAACUUAGCUCAGAUGUCCGACAACCCACUGGGAUACGGAUGUUUUUCAUUUCACACCUCAAGAAAAACCCUUAAGCGCUGGUAGUCUAGCGGUAAGUGCAUGCAACUUUCGUUCCGGAGGUCGCGGGUUCGAACCCCGGCUCGCACCAAUGAGUUUUUCGUAAGUUAUGUGCGAAAUGUCAUUUGAUAUUUGCCAGUCGCUUUUCGGUGAAGGAAAACAU